CGUACUUCUUUUGGCUAUCUAGUUUACUUGCUAUACAGGGCACCGUCAUGAGUAUCGAAGAAGGCUCACACACUUUGGCGGACGGACACAAGUUGUACACCAAGACGUUCAAGACGGAAGGACCGGCUAAGGCACGGCUAGUUUUCAUCCAUGGAUUCUCUGAUGUGAUAAACGCCUACGGCAGCUUCUUUCCAACCCUGGCUUCGAAGGGCAUCGAGGUCUAUACGUUCGACCAAAGAGGAUGGGGCCGCUCAGUGACGAAGCCGUCUGAGCGAGGCCACACAGGUCCAACAUCUCAAGUCCUCGAGGAUAUCACUUCUUUCAUCAAGACAGUGAUCCCGAGUCCCAUUCCUCUGUUCUUGAUGGGACACUCCAUGGGCGGCGGUGAAGUGCUUUGCUAUGCCGCCCAAGGACCGCGCGAGAUCCGCCAGCACAUCCGAGGCUACCUUCUGGAAUCACCCUUUGUUGACUUCGACGCCAAGUCCAAGCCAUCACCGUUCACCGUCUUUUUCGGGAGGCUAGCUGGAAAGCUGCUGCCGCAUAGACAGCUGUUGAACAAGCUCGACCAAAACUUGCUCUCUCGGGAUCCUGAGGUCUGCAAACAGUUCGACCAAGAUGAGCUCUGCCAUGAUACUGGCACCUUGGAAGGACUGUCAGGACUGCUUGAUAGAACCGGACAACUGGCAAGCGGGAAGGUCAUCAUCCCCGAUGAUGCAGGCGAAGGAGGAGUGACGAGGAUCUGGAUCGCGCAUGGCGACAAGGACGGCAUCACCGACUACCAGGCUUCCAAGCGACUGUCGGACGCGUUGCAAGUCAAGGACAAGGAGUUCAAGACCUACGCAGGAUACUACCAUCGAUUACACGAUGAGCCGAGUCCUGAGAAGGAGGUGUUCAUAGAUGAUGUCGCGAACUGGAUCCUAGCUCGCUCAACGGAGCCAGUGCAAGGGGACAGUGCGAGGCCGAAGCUCUAAAGUCACACAGAACCUUGUUCUAACAUAUGCUUGCCCACGUAAUGGUAGACUGUCUUGAUGUCUUGAUACGCGCGUCCCGUGAAACGUCUCAGCCCGCGAAACGCGCAAGCCU